AUGGAAUAUUCCGGUUGUGCCAAUGGAAUAUUCCGAUAUGGGCGACGGCGAGCAGCGGAGGCGUGCGAAUUUCAGUUUGAGCGUGAGGGCAAAGUAGACAUUUCACCUAAGUUAGAAAUGCCUAAAACGAAAGGCUUGGCAAAUGUACCUGAUGUGGUAAGUGUGGCUGAGAAAAAGCCCAUUCUGCGAUCAUUGGACAUGGGUCGGGUGAAAUUGGAGUUAAAGCGGAUAGAGAAGAACACGAACCGACAAAUUACGUUCUCAAAACAACAAACCGAUUCUACUUGUCACUGCAUAGCUUCUUCUCUCCUUCAUUUGUCGGUUUGCUCCCACCGGUUUCUCUAUACCACUUGGAUCGAGGACGUUUUGGCGAGGUACAUCAAUCUUCCUGAUCAAGAAAGAGAAAACGCCAUAGUUUUUCCUGAUCAGAGCAAACGCCAAGCUAUCCAAAACAAAGAGUAUUUGUUAAGAACUCUGGAAAAACUCAAAAUUGAAGAUGACAUGGCUCUCCAAAUCAACGAACCUCGCCCUGAAGCUAUCAACACCGAUGUCGAGGAACUUGAGCAAGAAGUUUGUAGAUUACAACAGCAGCUUCAGAUAUCAGAGGAAGAACUAAGGAAAUUCGAACCAGAUCCAAUGAGGUUUACAUCAAUGGAGGAGAUUGAAGCAUGUGAAACUCAUCUCAUCAAUACAUUGACAAGUGUCGUACAGAGAAGGGAACAUUUGUUGAGGAAGUCCUGCGAAGCACCAAGUAACCAACAAAGCAUGCAGGGGAUCCUUCUAAAUGACAUCGUCGAGGAUUGGGGGUCUGAGGCUGAGCCCAAACAAGCCCAUGUGAUGGCUAAUUCGGCCCAUCAGUCAAAUCAGCUAAGCUAUGAUUUGCUCUUACAAGGGAGUAAUUCGAGUUCGAACCAAAAUCCAAAAUGAUAUUAGGUGAAUCGUAAUACGCCGAGCAUUAAUGGAGAG